CGUGUUCGAAUAAUGUUUUUUUCGCCAGACCAUGUUGUUUGAAUUAUGAUUCUUUCAAUACAACAGAAACAUGUAUGGAAAAUUCUUAUCACAUCAUUGAUCAAACAAAAUUGUCGACAACGAUGGCAAAAUUUUUCGUCUUCGAAUCGAGGCCAUGAAGUUCGAUUCCAAUUCAGUAAUAGUCGAUUAUUGAAAAUUUCUACCGGUAAAUUGGCCAAACUAGCUGAUGGUUCAGCUGUUUGUACGAUCGGUGAUACGAAUGUUAUGGUUACAGCGGUGGGAAUAUCACCAACCAAAGUUGGUGGAUCCGCUGGUUUCGUUCCAUUGACAGUGGAUUUUCGACAAAAAGCCGCUGCAGCUGGUCGAAUUCCGAUGCAUCAUUUAAGACGUGAAACUGGCAUCAGUGAAAAAGAAAUACUAACAUCACGAAUUAUUGACCGAUCGAUUAGGCCAUUGUUUCCACGUGGAUUAGUUGGUGAAACUCAAAUUAUUUGUAAUAUUUUAUCAUUAGAUGGUCAAAAUGAUCCAGAUAUUUUGGCCAUCAAUGCUGCAUCAGCUGCAUUGGCCAUUUCAGAUAUUCCAUGGAAUGGUCCGAUAGGAGCUGUACGUGUUGCUUUGGAUCAAAAUUAUGAUGUCAUAACAAAUCCAACUAGAAAAGAAAUGAAUGAUGCACGUAUGAAUCUUGUAUUGGCUGUCACUGAAACUGGAAAUGUUCUUAUGAUGGAAGCAUUUGCCAAUGAACCUGUAUUGGAACAACAUUUAAUCAAAUCGAUUUCAAAAGCAAUACGAGAAUCAAAAAUUAUCAUACAAAAUAUUCGUCAACUACAAAAAGAAAUAGGAAAACCAAAACGCUGUGUGGAAGAGAUUCCAAUGCCUAAUGAGCAACAUUUCCAAGCUAUAAGAAUGUUGGCCGAACAACGAAUAUUGGAUGUGUUUUCCAAUCAUUCACAUGAUAAAUUUUCACGUGAUCAAGCAUUAAAAGAAAUUUCAGGACAAGUUAUGACAACAUUAAAUGAAGAAUUCGCCGAUGAUACGUCACAAUUAUUGCAGGAUGCUUUUACUACUGUGAUCAAACAGAUAUAUGCUCAAAUGGUUCAAAAAACCGGCAUCCGUUGUGAUGGACGUACGGUGGAUGAACUUCGACCUAUUCAUUGUGAAGUUGAUCUUUUUCGACCAGUUCAUGGAUCGGCAUUGUUUCAACGUGGACAAACCCAAGUACUUUGUACGACUACAAUAGAUUCACAAGAUUCUACAUGGCGUGCUGAUAACAUCUCGGCAUUAAUUAAUGGAAUCAAAGAAAAAAAUUUUAUGCUUCAUUAUGAAUUUCCAAAAUAUGCUACCAACGAAAUAGGUCGAUCCGGUAUAGUUGGAAGACGUGAAAUUGGUCAUGGAGCAUUAGCUGAACGUGCAUUACGGCCAAUCAUUCCCAAUGAUUCACCAACAACACGUGAUUUUACCAUUCGAUUACUUUGUGAAGUACUCGAAUCAAAUGGUUCUAGUUCAAUGGCAAGUGUAUGUGCCGGUAGUUUAGCAUUACUUGAUGCUGGUAUUGAAAUUUCUGCACCUGCAUCAGGUGUAGCCAUUGGCCUUCUGAAAUCACCGAAAAUUGGAAACGAUGAAAAUCAAGAACAAGAACAUAUUAUUCUUACGGAUAUCAGCGGAUUAGAAGAUUUUUUUGGUGAAAUGGAUUUCAAAAUUGCCGGCACAAGAAAAGCAUUCACGGCAUUACAAAUGGAUUGUAAACUAGAAGAAGGUAUAUCAUUCAAAAUACUUUAUGAAGCUAUACAAAAAUCUAAUCAAGCACGAAGUCAUAUAUUGAACAUAAUGAAUAAUGUCAUAAUGGAACCGAGAAAAAAACCCAAAGAAACAAUGCCAAUGGUUGAACGGAUACAGGUACCGAUUAAUUUACGUUCCAAAUUUCUUGGUGUCGGUUGGUCACAAGCGAAAAAAUUAAUGGCCGAAACUGGUGUCAGUAUCAGUCAAGAUUUAGAAGAUAUUGAUAAAUUCAAUAUUUUUUCGCCAAAUGAAUCGGCAAUGAAUGAGGCAAAAGAAUUGAUUGAAAAAAUUCUUCAUGAACCUAAUGUACCGGAAUUGGAAUUCGGUGCCAUCUAUCAAUGUAAAGUUGUCGAGAUCAAUGAUAAUGGUAUUAUGGUACAAUUACAUCCGGCAAUGAAACCAGUGUUUCUACAUUUAUCACAAUUAGACCUUCGAAAAGUUGAUCAUCCAUCCGCAUUAGAUAUUGAUGUUGGUAGCCAGAUUUCUGUUAAAUAUUUUGGUCGUGAUCCAGUAUCUGGCCAGAUACGAAUAUCAAGAAAAGUGUUACAAGCACUUGAAUCACAAGUGAAGAAUUUUAUUAAAUAAAAUAAUAAAAUUUUUUUUUUUUGAUGAUAAAUAAUUAACCAAGGUUUCACUGUUUAUUUUAAAAUGCGAGUAAAUACUGUAAAUACUGAGCACAGAAUUGGUAGUGGUUCAUCAUAUGGAUAUCAAAAAUUCAAUUCGGUUUUUUCAUUCAAUUCCAAAUGCUUCUGCCAAUGGAUGGACUGGACAACUCUUAAGGAGAUUGAGGAAGCGCGCUUGACAGUUGAACUUUUUUUUAUCCAUCCAAAAAAACGUUUUGUGUGUGUGU